AUGCCGACCGUUGUCGCUAAAGGCCCCUCCGGGGUUCCCCCCACCACCGAAGAGAUUUCUUCACUCCUCAACACCAUCUUCACAGCCGAGACCUCCCAGCAGUCCCUAGAUGGCUCCUACGCAGUCGCAAACCUGCUCAUCCAGAGUGUCGGAACCUCCGGUCUCCUCAACUACAAUGUUCUGGCCGAGGCCAAGAAGGCUGCCACCGAUAAGAAGAAUGGAGCUCGUCGCGAGAGCGCCAUGUUGAUUCUCGGCGCUCUCUUUGAGCGGUUCCCCCGCGAGUUCCCCCUCAGCGAGGCCAUUUUCCUGUUGCACAACGGUGGCAUCCUCGAUGUCGUUCUAGAUUCUCUUGCCGACAAGGGUGCCGUCGUUCGCGAUGCUGCGCAGUACGCCAUCGACGCCCUCUAUGCUUGCAUGAGCCCCGAGGCCAAGGCCAAUGCGCUGCUUCCCGCUCUGGAGGCUUACCUGGGUAAGGGAACUGGCAAGUGGCAAGGAUUUGUCGGUGGUUACAAGCUCCUCGACAAGAUGGCUACUGGUGCACAGAUGGGCAACGGUACAAAGGAGGAGGAAAAUGAGAAGGAUGUGCUGCGCGAGGCUAUGGGCAAGACUCUCAAGGAGUUGAUCCCCAUCGUCGAGUCCGGCAUGCACGACCUCAAGGCCGAGGUGGCCAAGCAGGCUACCAAGACUAUGACUACCAUGACCACCCUCUUGUACAACGACGACGUUGCCCCGCGCAUCCCCCUGCUCAUCAAGACUAUGGAGCAGCCCUCCCCUCAGACUCUGCAGAAGGCCAUUCACGCUUUGUCGCAGACCACUUUCGUCGCCAUCGUUACCUCCCCCGUCCUGGCCCUCCUCACUCCCCUCCUUGAGCGCACCCUUAAUGCCCCGACCACCCCUCAAGAAACCCUCCGCCAGGCCGUCGUUGUCGUCGAGAACUUGACCAAGUUGGUUCACGACCCCGCUGAGGCUCGUGUCUUCCUUCCCAAGCUUCAGCCCGGUGUCAAGGCUAUCAAGGACCGUGCCUCGCUCCCCGAGGUUCGUGAGUUGGCCACCCGUGCCCUCGAUGUUAUGGAGACGGCGAUGAAGGACAACGACGUUGCUGUCGGUGCUAUCUCUAAGACUACCCCCGAGGAAGUCCUGGCUGUCUUGAACCCCAAGAUUCAGGAGCUUGCUGGAUUCGUCAGCUUCGGCGAUGCCAAGUUCUCCGACCUGGCCAAGACCUUCAUUGCCGGCAUGGUCCGUGAAGACAUCAACAGCCGCAAGAUCGACCGUAUCUCUGCUUCCAUCGGCCCCUACCUUCGUGGUCUGAUCCCCAGCGAGCAGGCUGAAGCUAUCGCUUCUGCUGUGCAGGCCCACUUCCUCGCCGAGGAUGAGCGCAAGUUCGGAAAGCCCGUCCAGACCGACCCCAACGAGAUUGUCAUCGUCGACGCCAACUUCUCCCUCGCGUACGGUGGUAUGCUCCUGCUGUCCCACACCAACCUGCGUCUCGUCAAGGGCCACCGCUACGGUCUCUGUGGUCGCAACGGUGCCGGAAAGUCCACCCUGAUGCGCAGUAUCGCCAACGACAAGCUGGAGGGCUUCCCUCCCCCCUCCGAAGUCCGCACCUGCUUCGUCGAGCACAACCAGGGCGAGGAUGCCGAACUCAGCAUUCUCGAGUAUGUUGCCAAGAACCCCGAGAUCGCUGCCCAGGGCACGGAGCACAUCAGCUCCGUUCUCCUCGAGUUCGGUUUCACCGAUGGUCCUGAGGGUCGCCAGUCCCAGCCCGUUGGCUCGCUCUCUGGUGGUUGGAAGAUGAAGCUGGCCCUUGCCCGUGCCAUGCUCCUGAAGGCUGAUGUGCUCCUGCUGGACGAACCUACUAACCACUUGGAUGUUGCCAACGUCAAGUGGCUGCAGGAGUACCUGAAGAAGCACACCGAUAUCACCAGUCUGAUCGUCAGUCACGACUCCGGUUUCCUCGACGAGGUCUGCACCGACAUCUACCACUACGAGCAGAAGAAGCUGGUCUGCUACCCUGGAAACCUUGCUGCUUUCGUCAAGGUCAAGCCUGAGGGCAAGAGCUACUAUACCCUGUCUGCCUCCAACGUGCAGUUCAAGUUCCCGCCCCCUGGUAUCCUUUCUGGUAUCAAGUCCAACACUCGCGCUAUCCUCCGGAUGACAAAUGCUUCUUUCACCUACCCCGGUGCCCCUAAGCCGUCUCUGACCGAUGCCUCCCUUUCCCUGACCCUCUCCUCCCGUACCGCGAUCAUCGGUGGAAACGGUGCUGGUAAAUCUACCUUCAUCAAGAUUCUCACUGGUGAGGUUGUUCCCCAGAGCGGCAAGGUCGAGAAGCACCCCAACCUGCGUAUCGGUUACAUCAAGCAGCAUGCCCUGGAGCACGUUGAGAUGCAUCUUGAGAAGACCCCCAGCCAGUACCUGCAGUGGCGUUACGCCAACGGUGACGAUCGCGAGGUGUUCCUCAAGCAGACUCGCAUCCUCACUGAUGCCGAUAAGGCUCAGCUUGAGAAGCCCGUUGACCUGGGCGACGGCCGUGGAGCUCGCCGCAUUGAGGCUUUGAUGGGUCGCCAAAAGUGGAAGAAGUCCUUCCAGUACGAGGUCAAGUGGGUUGGUCUCCUCCCCAAGUUCAACACCAUGAUCUCCCGUGAGACUCUCGACAACCUGGGCUUCAGCAAGAUGGUCCAGGAGUUCGACGACCACGAGGCUUCCCGCGAGGGUCUCGGUUUCCGUGUCCUCGAGCCCAAGACCAUCUCCAAGCACUUUGAGGAUGUCGGCCUCGACCCUGAGAUUGCCAACCACAACGAGAUCUCCGGUCUGUCUGGUGGUCAGAAGGUCAAGGUCGUGCUGGCUGGUGCCAUGUGGAACAACCCCCACUUGCUGGUGCUGGACGAGCCGACUAACUUCUUGGACCGUGACUCUCUCGGUGGUCUGGCCGUCGCCAUCCGUGACUUCAAGGGUGGUGUGGUCAUGAUUUCUCACAACGAGGAGUUUGUGGGCGCUCUCUGCCCCGAGCAACUGCACGUCGCCGACGGCCGUGUCGUCAGCCGUACCAACACUGCCAUCAGCCUGGACCGCUUCGAGGACAGCGCUACCAACUCCCCUACUGGCACUGGCACCCCCGCUGGUGUCUCUGCUGCUGCCUCCGCCAACACUAGCGCCGCUCCUUCGGCCGUCAACUCUGGCGCUGAGGACCAGGGCGAGCUGAAGUUCCGCGCCAAGAAGAAGAAGAAGUUGACCCGUGCUCAGGUGAAGGAGCGCGAGGCCCGCCGUCGUCUUCGUCACAUUGAAUGGCUCAACUCCCCCAAGGGCACCCCCAAGCCUGUUGACACCGAUGACGAAGCAUGA